AUGUCAGAAGCGCUUCCUUCUCUGCAACCAGCACAAUCGCCAGCUUCAACAUCAGCGCCAGCACCAGCAGCCUCAAAGUGGAUGCAGGACGACGACGACAAUAGUGAGACCGACCAAAUUGGACUCGUUCCUCAUAACAGAGGCUAUAAACAUAUCCUUUUCAAAGCACAACAUUUUUACAGAUGGGCUACACCUAAUUCAGAGUUUGGAGGAAACAAAUUAAGUGCACCAGGCUCAUUAUCAGAAGAAACAGAGUUCACAAAAGGCGGAAAAACAAGAACAGUCGUCAAGAGAAAAAGAAAAAGACUGGAAGAUGGCAUGUCUGAUGAGGAAGAAGAUCCGUAUACUUUGAUUAAUAUUGAAGAUAUCCUGAGCCCUAUUGAAAUGGCAACCGAUAUCGUUCGUAGACCAGCAUUACGAAGAAUCUUAUUGUCACCACAGAUUGACGCACUUGCCAAAACUUCUAUGGAAUUCAUUGAAGGGGAAAAGAAUUUCAAUAAAAUUUUAUGUCGAUUAAAUGCAAUUAUGCACCAGGACGACCCGCGUUAUCUAGAUUUAACGUUUGAUCGUACACCGGAACAGCGUAGAAAAUAUAGAGAAGAUAUGGAAGCUGCGAAGGCAGCUGCUAAUACUUUGGCAGUAGCCGCUCAAGCAGCUGCUGUGCAAGCUCAAACAGGUGCUUCGCAACAACCAACGGCAAAUGAGGUUGAUGAUAGUAGUCAAUUAGAUAGUAAAAUGGUCGAACCUUUAGACCCAAAGGAAUUGGACAAAGAAGUGGAAGCAGCCAUUAAGCGUGAAGAAGAUUUUGACAUUGGCAGUCGCACAGCAAUGGACGUAGAUCAGGAAGAUGAUAUGAAAGACAUUGAUGUAGAAGCAAGAGAGGUGGUGAAGCGAGUCAAAGAACUUUUAUUGGAAAAUAUCAAUUAUAGUAAUGAGUAUAUAUCACGUCUUCAACAAGCACGUAGCAAGUUGUGUAAAGCAAGUAUGCAAAAGGAAACUUUAUGGAAAGAGUUGAAGGCAUGUGCAAAAGAAGAAGAUAACAGAAAUAAGGCCGGUGCCUCAACCAGCCGUACUGGUAAUGCAGCCUCAACAAAUAACAAUAACACAGCAAACAAUGCUAUAUCAUCCACAUCCACAUCUUCAUGAACAAAUUUCUAGUUUUUUACAAAUAAAAGGAUACCUCUCUCUCUCACACAUAUAAAUAUGUAUACAUAUUGCUCAUAUGAGUAAAAAUAUGUUCAACCUCUUGGCAGUUAAAUAUAUGCAUAUAAAAAAUUUGUUGUUCAUCGGUUGUUUAAAGACAUGGUCGAUAUGCAGAAUUAGUUUGGCUCUGUGUGCAAUUCGUAUCAUUUAAAAGGCGAAUCUUUGAAUGUACCUGACUUGCAAUUUGCACACAAGACCCUUUGAAUUAUUUAACUAUAGACUGAGUAUAUACUUCCCGAGAUUUUCCAUCGAGAUAUAUGAUGACAAAAAGAAGAUUAGUUUGUUUUUUUUACGUAAGCUUUAGAAAUCAGAAAAUGUUUAGUACAUGAAAAGAAUGAGGGCCUUCUUUUAAUUAGGAAGUAACAACAGAAAAAGAGAACAAGAACAGACAAAUGUGUG